CGCCGCGCCGCUCCUCGCAGCGUUACGGCGGCGGCGGGCCGGGCCGCGGCAAGAUGGCGGCCGAGAUCCACUCGCGGCCGCAGAGCAGCCGGCCCGUGCUGCUCAGCAAGGUGGAGGGGCACCAGGACGCCGUGAGCGCCGCGCUCCUCAUCCCCAAGGAGGACGGGGUCAUCACGGCCAGCGAGGACAGAACCAUCCGGGUAUGGCUGAAGAGAGACAGUGGACAAUACUGGCCCAGCAUCUAUCACACCAUGUCAUCUCCAUGUUCAGCCAUGGCUUAUCAUCAUGAGAGCAGGAGAAUCUUUGUAGGCCAGGAUAACGGAGCUAUCAUGGAGUUUCAUAUUUCAGAGGACUUCAAUAAGAUGAACUUCGUGAAGACCUAUCCAGCUCAUCAGAAUCGAGUAUCUGCUAUUAUUUUCUGCCUGACAUCAGAGUGGGUUAUCAGCACUGGUCAUGACAAGUGUGUCAGCUGGAUGUGUACCAGGAGUGGGAGUAUGCUGGGGAGACAUUAUUUUACCUCUUGGGCUUCAUGUCUACAAUAUGACUAUGAAACUCGUUAUGCAUUUGUUGGUGAUUAUUCUGGACAGAUCACUCUUCUGAAGCUUGAGCAGAACACGUGCUCGAUUAUCACAACGCUCAAAGGCCACGAAGGAAGCAUUACUUCCCUGUGGUGGGAUCCUGUUCAGCGACUGCUCUUCUCAGGUGCCUCUGAUCACAGCAUUAUCAUGUGGGAUAUUGGUGGAAGGAAGGGGCGAACGUUGCUGCUCCAGGGCCAUCAUGACAAGGUGCAGGCUAUCUGCUACAUCCAGCUGACACGGCAGCUAGUAUCUUGUUCAGCUGAUGGAGGAAUUGCUGUUUGGAACAUGGAUAUCAGCAGGGAAGAGGCUCCUCAGUGGCUAGAAAGUGAUUCCUGUCAGAAGUGUGAACAACCUUUCUUCUGGAAUAUAAAGCAAAUGUGGGACACAAAGACGUUAGGCUUGAGACAGCAUCACUGCAGAAAAUGUGGGCAAGCGGUGUGUGGCAAGUGCAGUACCAAACGCUCAAGUUACCCAAUCAUGGGAUUUGAGUUCCAGGUCCGUGUCUGUGAUUCCUGUUUUGAGUCAAUCAAGGAUGAAGACCGUACUUCCUUGGCAACCUUUCAUGAAGGAAAACACAACAUUUCACACAUGUCCAUGGACAUCUCCAGAGGGCUAAUGGUCACCUGUGGAAGCGAUCGGAUUGUGAAGAUCUGGGACAUGACGCCAGUAGUUGGUUGCAGCCUUGCAACUGGCUUCUCUUCACGUUGAUCUAAUACCUGACAGGUUUAUGCACCUUAUGUACAGCAAUAUGCACCGAAUGAAUGGAAUCCUUCUUAAGAAUAUUACCGCAAACACUGGUUGCUUGAUUCUUCUCCUGAUGCUGUUCCAGGAUGGACAGUCACCUUUGUAGAGCAAACCUUUUCUGUUGGGCUCACCAGGAAUUUCCUUGGUGCGGAAGUGCGGCCUCUCGGACUAACGUAACAUGGCUUACCUGCAAUAUGACGCCUUGAUGAAAGGACCUGUUGUUUCUCGGUUUACAUGUAGUGUUAACAAUGUGCUAUCUCUGCUGAUAUAUCUUGUACAGAUACUGUGUAGCGUAAACAUUAUCAGAGUAAAAUGAGCAUAGUACAUUUGAUUUGUGCAAGUAGUAAAGUAACUUAUUCUCUCUUCCAAAAAGCAGUUCUGUAGAAAUACUUUUGAGCAGUCACCGUCUAAACUGCCUCCAAAAGGUAUGUUGGUUAUUCCUAUGGAAGGAGGAAAUACUUCAAAGUGGCAGGUAGCUUAUUUCAGGUGAGAUAGUAAGAGAACCUUUAAUCAUACAAGAUUUCCUUUAUUGGCUUUCUUGUAGUGUUUGUCUUCAAAUUCAGUCACUAGUGAAGUCACUUUUGUGGGACAACUGUUCAGGUAGUUGGUGAGUCUUCAAACACUUCAAGGCUCUUAAGUAGAGUUCUAGCAUAGCUAACAAACUUCUGUAGGUCUUACUAAAAUAUACAGCCCUGCUACUCUAAAGACAGGCCAUAGGUGUGAGCCAUGUGCUUUGACAACUCUGUAAUGCAGUUAGAACGGGAAGCUAAGCAAAUCUACCUUGUUAAAUGGUAUGGCUAAGAAAAAAUGGCCAGCUAAAACUUAGAGACUUUUUUCCUGUGGAAAGGCUGAUGUUUGUUUAAUGGUAGGGAGCCUGUCUCUGCUAAAAUGCAGCAUAAAUUUAAAUACUGCCUUGUUGCUUAAAAACUGAUAAAUACUGAGAGUUUCUGAAGCAAUAACUACCAAGGUACAGAACAGCUGCUUUUUUUUUUUUUUUUUUCCCUGCCCCUAGGUCUGUUAAUCUUGAGACUUAUAUUGAUCCUUCCCUAUUUCAAAGCUGAGAAGUAUGAAGAAGAGCUGGGAGGCUUUUACGACUGCAGUUGGCACAUACUGGAAAUAACUAAUUAGAUUGGCAAUAAAUUGGUCUAUCAUUCAUAUGAGUAUCCCGCAUUUGAAUCCGGUAAAGAGAGCUUUGAAAGCUAAGGUAAUAUGUCAGAGCUUAAGCUUGGAGCUAUUUAGAUUUCUCUGAAAACAGGUGCAUAUGCGUGAGGACAAAAACUGGGGGUAGGUCAGCUGGCCCAGAGUUAGGUGCUGUUUUGCAACUGUCAAAGGUAAUAGGUUAUUUCUGGCAGAGGACUGAAGGGUUAGACUGUCUUUAUUGCAGCAAUGAUCAAGUGGUGCUAUGAGUGUUAGCGAAUUCAAGUCCUAGUUGUCUAACUUGACACUAAUAAUCUGCAUUGGACCAUGCUGUAGGCUAAAAUAUAUAAAGAUCGUGGUGUAUUUAAUAAACCAUUAUUCACUUCUAUUUUAAGCCAAAAAGCUGAUAGUCUCCAAAGGGGCAUUAGAAUCUCGAAUAUGUUAGUUACUGUUAUUUUGGAUCUGACAUUGUCUGCCUUUCUGUGGCCCUUCCCCAGAAGUUUUGCUAGGAGUCUUUUGACCUGCUAGCCAUGUUGGGCCGGUGAAAAAUAAUCAAAUCCCUCUUUUGUGGGAAUCCCAAAACUUGUCUUGCCUUCAGUUCAGGAUUUAGCACUUGUCAGUCUGAUUUAAUUCAUCCUUUGAUACAUGCUGUAUAGCUACUUUUUUUUGUGUGUGUGAAGGUUUAUUUCUAAGUUAUUGAGAGAAAAUCAGCUUGUACUGGAAAAAAAUCACAGCUUUCUGCUCUGAAGGCUUUCGGUCUUGUAAAUCAAGAAAGAAACUGAGUGUUUGAAGGGGGUAAACAAGCCCUGAUAAUGCUCUGCAUUUGCCUUCAGACUUCUUCCUAUGUGGUUUUGGAAGAGAACAGAAGUCUUCCUCCUAACAGCACAUAAGGCAGAACAGGAGUUCCGUAGCUAGAGCCAUUUAAGAUACUGCUGUGCUGUAAGGAGGAUCUAGGGUUGUGUCUUAAGCUGUGAGAGUAAUGUCGAUGUGGGAUGAACAGCAUUUUUUUCCAAACCAGGCAUUCUGAAACUCUUACACCAAUGAUACUGAGGUGUAAUUCGUUUGCAGCUGAUACUCCUGAACUUCAGCUUUUUUAGUUCUGUUUAGUCCAUGUGCCCCUGAUCAGCAUGCAGCUCCCCCCCUCCUUGUGAAUACUUCCUCUGCUUCUUGACAACCACUUAUUUUACAUUAAGGUUUUGACACUAGAAAAUAUAUUCUCUACUGCUUAUUGUUAAACCUAAGGAAUCUAUUUUCUAUAAUUGAUAUACUUAUAGAUAGUGUCAGUUCAGAUUAUAGCAAGACAAUUAUGGCUGCUAAUUCGUUAGUCAUGUAAGUAUACUCUUGGUGUUGAAUGAGUAAUGCUUACAAACCACUAAAGAGACAGUGUUUUUGUUUAUGAACAACUAUCUCAAAGGCACAUACUCUCAUGAAACUGAACAUAUUUCAGCUAUGUCAGCUUAAGUGUGCAAUUACUGAGAAGGCUUGAUUUGAAGCAUUACUAAUCUUGCUUGUAUAACCUCUUUCGCUGGGGCAGGGAACGGGAGCAACGGGUACUAGUAUGUGCUACGUCUUUACUAGUUGUAUUUCUGUACCCUGCAUAAUUAAGCAAUGCUAGAUAAAUCUGUCCCUGGCUCCUUCUUGUCUGUUUUUUAAAACUUUGAUUACAUGUACAAUAAAAUAUUUCUUGAUAUUCAA